UGCAAGAGCACCAACGGAUUUCCGCUGAUGGGUGGGCCUAGAUUGUGACGGACUGGGCCUUUUACGGACAGCUCGCAACCAAAGCAGAACGCAGUGGAAAGGCGAGGAGGAAGGGUAUAUAUUUCCACGCGAAAUCCACCACGAUGAGCGGCGGCGGCCGGAAGCCGGUGGGCGACGAUGCGGAGGUGGAAGCACUGCUCCGGGCGGCACAAGACGCCGUGCUGCUCAAGCUCCAGGCCAACUCCCACCUCGUCUCGUCGUCGUCCUCCGCCGCCUCGAACCCUCUUGCUCUCGACGAGGGGCCCGGUCCACUGGACGACGACCUCGCCCGCCGCCUCGACGCGCUCAGGUCCCGCCCGGCGCCGCCGAAGCGGCCCGGUGGUGCCCCCACCCCUGCAGCCGGCGGGAUGGACGAGAUGGAGGCACGGUUCGCGGCGCUGAAAGGCGCGGCGGUUUGCCCGGAUAAGGAGACAAGGGUGCGGCUGGAGGAUCUGGGAGGGGAAUCGGACGAGGAGGACGAGGUGGAGAAGGUGAUGCGGUGGGCGAUGGACGCCGCGCGGCUCGACGUCGCCACUGCCGGCGGUGGUGCCAGCAACGCCGACCACAAGGAAGAAGAAGACAAGAGCAGCAACGCCGAGGACAAGGAAGAAGAAGACAAGAGCAGCGCCAGUAGCGAGGAUGAGGAAGAGAGACUGGAACUGGAGGAGACGAGGAAGGAGAAGGAGAUGAUGAGCAAGAAGAACAAAGCCAAGAGCAGGUGGUUCUUCUUUUGAUCCUAAAUGUACGUUUGAUCUCAUAUCAUCACAAGCAAAGAUGUAUCCCUAGCCCGCUACACAGUUUGAUCUCAUGAUCACAAGCAAAGAAUCCAGCAAGUGAAUUCAAUCAUAUUAUCUGUAAUAGAGAUUAUGAGUUUGCAUUGCUAUCUCUGAUGAACAUGAUAACUUGUGCAAUUGCAAUUGAUAUUUCCUGAUA